AUGCAUCAAUCGUGGAGUCGCUAUUCGUCGGCAGCUGUCCAUCCCACGGAGAAACUCGCUUUCAUUUUGUCGCAUGACGGUCCUGGAAUCACCGUCGCUGCCAUCGUCAUUGUCGCCACUACCAGUGAGCUCGAAAGUUUUUCUUUCGCAGAAUUUCCUUUUAUAGUUUCCAUUUUCCUUUUUUUAUUUUCUAUCUUUGUUUUCACUCUAUUUUUGUUUUUCUCUCAUGUUCAUAGCCAUAUGCACAUUUAUUUAUUCAAUUCCAAUGUAUGA